UCCCUCCACUCCUCUUCCGUCCUUCUAGAAAACACCGGAGCGGCAGCGAGCUCCUAGCUGAAGCACAGCUCAGAGAUUUAACACAUCCGAACAUCACUUUCUUAAACCUAGAACUGCCUCAAGGACGCAUGGCUUUCUGUUGGAAGGUGACCUUUUGGCUGGCUUGUAGUUGUGCCUUCACAACGCGUGUCUGGACCUUACCGGGCGACAGAGAUGAACUCACCACAAACCCUGCCACCACACCUUCCACAAACCCUGCCACCACACCUUCCACAAACCCUCCUACCACACCUUCCACAGGCUCCUCACACACCACGGGUUCUCCAGACCAGACCAGGAGCACAGGACAGACAGCCAGGGCCAGUCCAACAGACAGCCAGCUGGUGGAGCUCUCCACUCAUGCAGAGACUGGCUCUGUUGCAACACCUCCAGUGACGACGUCUGUAAGUGGAACCACCAUCCCGAUAUACACCUCCCCACCCCAGACUAGGUCAUGGACCACAGGGAAGAUCACCAUCUGGAACAUUCCUCGUAUAGUCUCAUCACCCAGGCCAACACUAGCCAUGGUAACAUCCUUCUUGUCAACACACCCAACGGCAACCCCUCACAUGGCAUACCCUGCUUCCACGGCAACCCCUCACAUGGCACACCCAGCUGCCACGGCAACCUCUCACAUGGCAGGCCCAGCUUCCACGGCAACCCCUCACAUGGCAGGCCCAGCUUCCACGGCAACCCCUCACAUGGCAGGCCCAGCUUCCACGGCAACCCCUCACAUGGCAGGCCCAGCUUCCACGGCAACCCCUCACAUGGCAGGCCCAGCUUCCACGGCAACCCCUCCUAAGGCAACAUCACCCAUGGAAACAAUCCUGCCACAGCCAAGCCCCACCCCCAAGGGGGAGGAGCCUAUGUGUGACUUCGACCCCUGCAGGCACCUGCAGAGGCCAUGCCCAGAGGUGAGGAGGGCCAGGGGGCGGAGCUGCAGGUGCCCAGGCCACACCCUGCCCUCCGCCAACUCCCCCGCGGACCCCGUGGUGGCGCUGGCUGUGACCCACGUGCGCCCCCUGGAGGCCGGGGUGAGAUGGUGCGCCCACUCCUCAGCUCUGACGGCGUUCGGCGUGUGGGUGUUCCGGCAGGAUGGAAGCGUGUGCAGCAACAGCAGCGUGAGCUCCUGGGCCCGGCAGACGAGCGUGUUCGGGCUGGAGGCGGGACGGGGGUACAACGUGUGCGUGAGCUCUCAGAACGGCGCGAGGGUGUCGCACACGCGAUGCGUGGCCGUGUCGACUCCGCUGGACGGCGGCGAGAUCGCCUCGUACGCGCUGGCGGGAGGCUGCGCCGCUCUGCUGUUGACCGCGCUGGUGCUGAGUGUGUGUCUGUAUAGACAGUGUCAGAGAGGCUCGGUGAUGUGCACACACACACAGCUGGAGCCGGCGACACACACCCUCGAUAACCCGCGCCUCAUCAGCCUGGUGUCCAUCCCUAACCCGGCCUACACACAGAACGACGAGCAGGCUGCUGCUCCAUCAAUACACACGGCCCACAAACACAGAACACAGUACGCCAGGGGGUGAAACACAUACACUAAUACACACAACGUUAAUCAUUCUCAUAGCCAUACUCUUUUCCUAUUUUUGUCAUAUAUCAUUUGUUUAAAAAGAUAUUUCGUAUAUUUUGGAUACCUGUGUAGUUUCCAACUUUAAACACUUUAAAACACAUUCAUUUAGCUUCACCUAUAGCCUAAAACACCCAAACUUCUUGUUACUUCCAGAAUGCUUCAUAUUUAAAGUAAAAUUACCCCAUAAAUGUGGAUGGUCACAGUAAAAAGAAAGUAUAACUGCAAGUAGGCCUACCUACUAAUCUGAAUGCUUACAGGUAGCUAUUGCUUACCACGUCCUAAGACUUUUUAAUUAGUUCACAUCUUGUGAAGCAUGUGAGAGUAAUUGUCUUUUCACUGGCCACAGAAUGAUCAUGUAGUCUACUGGAGGUUAUGGGCUGGUUCUCGUAGUAGGACCCUUCCUCCUCUUGGACUCAGGGCAAAUAUGAUUGGAACAGUGAAUCAGCCUUCAAUUUCAGUUGGUCUUUUUUGUUUUAGUGAAUUGCUUUCCCCACAGAAUGUAUCUGCAGAAUGGGUUAAUUUCUAUAUACAUUCCAGACUUCACCCCAUAAUUGUCAGUCACAAUUUGUCACAAAUGUACAAAUGACAAUAAAACACAUUG